AUGGCGGAGGGCUCCCUCACUCCAACUGUCUCUUGCUCAGGCCCAUUUCACAGAAGUUCGAGGUACCGGAAAAGACGCCAGCGCCGCGUGCCCUCCCUCCUCCCACAACCCAUAAAUCAUCCAGCCUUCACCCUCCCCGCCAAUGGGCACGCGCCCGCUCCAUCCGGCAGGACGCGCGCCCCCGCAGCCCUACGCAUGCGCGACCUCGCAGUUGCAGGUAACCGACGGGAACGGCGGGCGCUGUCCGCGCGGAGUGCGCUUGCGCCGCUGGAGGAUUGGGCGCCCCCCUACCCCCUCCACCGCACCACCCCGGCGGGGCGGGGCUUAGACGCAGGGCGCGCGCUCGGCCCCGCCCCGCCCUCUUUGCUUUUUUUUUUUUCGCGCGGGAAAGGCCCUGCGCCCCCCCCCCCCCCGCCACCCGCGCAACUGCUUUUCGUCGUCCGUGGCCUUCGACCGAAUCCCGAGACGUGGCCUCAGGAGCUCUCGAAGCAGCUGGUCCCCUCCCAGUCCCUCCUGGUGAUCGUGGUCAAGGAAGGCUGGCCCCUGGCCAUGGGCCCCGAUGAUGCCAGCUUUGCCUCGGAUAUGCAAGAAGGAGAGCGAUCUGCCCCUACUCCCCAACCCUCCCUGGGGGGCUGGGAGACCAGAGAUGCGGCCAGCAGGAUCGAUCCAGGCUGCCUGGCGUUAUCGGAUUUGUACCUCUGGGACCAGCCUGAGGAGGGGAGCCUGGGGACUCCGCUCAGCUUGGAGGAGCAAGUACUCAACUCCACGUUUGAAGCUUGUGACCCCCAGAGGACAGGCAUUGUGGCCGUGACCCACGUGGUGGCCUACCUGGAGACUGUGACAGGACGGGGCCCCCAGGAUGCAUGCCUCCAAACACUGGCCCGCAGCCUGGACCCCAGCGGGGAGGGCCCUCGGGCCACGGUGGACCUGGACACCUUCUUGGCCGUCAUGCGGGACUGGAUUGCUGCCUGUCAGCUGGAUGGGGGAUUAGAGCUGGAAGAGGAGAGUGCCUUCGAGGGGGCCCUGAUCCCCCAGGAACUGCCAUCUGGAUGCCCAGAAGCUGAAGAGCUGGCCAACCUGGAGAGUUUUGGAGGCGAAGAAGACCCCAGACCAGAGCUGCCGGCCACGGCUGACCUGCUGAGCAGCCUGGAGGACCUGGAGCUCAGCAACCGGCGGCUGGCUGGGGAGAACGCCAAGCUCCAGCGGAGCGUGGAGACAGCAGAAGAGGGCACUGCACGCCUCAGUGAGGAGAUCGCAGCCCUGCGCAAGCAGCUCCGCAGUGCCCAGCAGGCUCUGCAGUUUGCCAAGGCUGUGGAUGAGGAGCUGGAGGACCUGAAGACUCUGGCCAAGAGCCUGGAGGAGCAGAAUCGCAGCCUUCUCGCCCAGGCCCGGCAGGCGGAGAAGGAGCAGCAGCACCUGGUGGCCAAGAUGGAGACUCUGCAGGAGGAGAACGGGAAGUUACUGGCUGAGUGUGAUGGAGUGAAGAGGCGGAGUGAGGAGCUGGCCACAGAGAAGGAAGCUUUGAAGUGGCAGCUGUACGAGUGCGAGUGCCUCAUCUGCCAGCGAGAAGCCAUCCUCUCCGAGCGCACCCGCCAUGCAGAGAGCCUGGCCAAGAGCCUGGAGGAGUACAAAGCAACCACCCAGGAGCUGAGGCUGGAAAUAUCACACCUGGAGGAGCAGCUGAUUCAGACCCACGAGGGGCCAGAUGAGCUGCCUGAAGGGGCCCAGGCGAGAAGAGUGGGCUGGACCAAGCUGCUGCCCCCAUCGCUGGGCUCGGAGAUCGAGGCCAUUCAGCAGAAACAAGACAUGGCCGCCGCGGCAGAUCUCUCCAGCCCUCUGUGCGGAGUGUGGCAGUGGGAGGAAGUUGUCGGUGAGACGGACGAAGAAGCCGCGAUUCCACCUGAAGCCCCACCUGGGGGACAGAGAAACUUCCAGGAAGAGCCAGUGCACCCCCAAGAAGAAUGGAGCGAACACUGUAUGUGGUUGCCCAGAAGAGAGGAAGAGGAGGAAGCGGAGGCCUUGGUCCCGGUUGAUCUCCCCAUCCCUAUGGGAGCCUCUCACCUUGGAAACAUCCCAGAAAGCCCUCCUGAGAGCCCUGCCAUCCCCGAACCCAACCUCCACGGAGCCCUGGUGCCGGUGCCAGCGACCAAAGAGCUGGGCCAGAUCGGGAGGCGGCACCGGGGUCAGCUCGGCCUGCCCUGCCUGCCGCCCCAGCAGUUCAGGGUCACGAGGCACCCGCUGGUCCCUGCGCCGUUCCUGGGCCUGGUGCUGCUGCUACUGCUCUCAGUCCUGCUGCUGGGCCAGUCCCCGCCCCCCAGCUGGCCCCACCUCCAGCUCAGCUACCUCCAAUCCCCCCCAGUGUGA